UAUCCACUCCCUGCAUUUUGAAAAUCGGUGAGGCCCUGAAUCAACAAGAACGCGUCUGUUCGCCUAGCAACGACAAAAACACUGGUAUCGACCCUUUGGUUUCGGCAGAAUGGCAGACGAGGAUGAAGCAAGCAGCCACCAGACAAAGAGGGUUUUUAUCAAUCGCAUCGACUCAUAUUCAUCAAAAUGCAUUGCAAAGUUUUUGUCUACCUGUACUGUUGGAGCAUCACUGGAGGAAGCUAGGGAUGCUGAGAUGGAAGAGGAAGAGGAUAGUCUGUCUAAAGAACAGAAGUCAAAAGUAGAGAAAGGGACUUUUGAAAUUGUUGGAACCGUUUCAAGCAAAGAUGAGAAGAAAAAUUUCAGUUUUGCAACUGAAGAGUAUUAUUCGAUGAACCGGGAAGAACUUCUCCUGAGGCUGAUGAAAUGUGAUAUUAUUAUUUACAAUAUCACUGAAAACACUGACCAGAUAGAUGAGGCAUCUUGGGCAAUUUCAGCGCUACAUGCAGACUUGGACAAUUUUAAUGACCCAAAGAUGUUCAUCUUGAUAUCAACUGUGAUGACCUGGGGCAUGAGCAAGCCCAUUGAUCCAGAUCAGCCUGAGAUUCCUUUCACUGAAGAAGACUACCGAAGAAGGCGACCUCAUCCCAAUUUUAAAGACCAUAUCAGUGUGGAGAAACUUGUUGUUAAAAUGGGAAAGACAAACAAGUACAAGUUUUCUACUUAUGUUGUGGCCUCAGGGCUUCAGUAUGGCAUGGGAGAGAACAUUUUUCACUUCUUUUUCAAGACUUCAUGGAUGGGGGAGGUUUCAGAAAUUCCUGUCUUUGGACCAGGGAGCAAUAUCAUUCCUACUAUUCAUGUCAAUGACUUGGCCAGUGUGAUACAGAAUAUUGUUGACUUCAAGCCAAAUACACAUUACUUAGUUGCUGUGGAUGAUUCCAAGAAUACAUUAGAAGACAUUGUGAAAGUUAUAAGCCAAGUUCUAGGUCCAGGAAAAAUCCAGAAUGUCACAAAGGAAGAUGCAUUCCUCACAAAGGAUUUAACACAAAGAGACAUUGAUUCUCUCUUUGUAAAUCUGCGGAUGGAAGCUAUUGUUCUGAAGGAGAGCCUGAAUGUCCACUGGGUGUGUGAAUCUGGAAUUGUUGAAAACAUCAAUCAUGUUGUGGAGGAAUACAGACAAACCAGGGGGCUACUGCCAAUCCGCAUCUGUAUCCUGGGCCCUCCUGCUGCUGGGAAGAGUACAGUGGCAGAGAAGAUCUGCAAACAUUACAAACUGCAUCACAUCAAAGUCAAAGAUGCCAUCACUGAAUGUAUUGCACACCUGGAGACACUGAAUCAGUUGGAAGAUGAGGAACAUGAGAAUGAUGAGAUGGCCGGGGGUUCACUAGAAUUCCUUGAAGGUCUAAAGGAGAACAUGGAUCAGAAUGGAGGACGACUCGAUGACCAAUUUCUUAUUCGAAUCAUGAGAGACAAACUGAAUUCAACCCCCUGCAGAAAUCAAGGAUUUGUUCUGGAUGGUUUUCCUAAAACAUAUGAUCAAGCCAAGGAGCUAUUCAGUGCCGAUGAGGAUGAACCAGAAGAUACACGGUCUAGAGGACCCCCUUUCAACAGAAAAAUCAUCCCAGAGUACAUUUUGUCUCUGAAUGCCACUGAUGAAUUUUUGAAGACCCGUGUGCUCAAUCUGCCAGAGAUUGCAGUUGAGGGAACUCACUACACACAGGACCAAUUUCCCCGAAAGCUGGCAAACUUCAGAGAAAGCAACGUUGAAGAUGAAACAGUGCUCAACUAUUUUGAUGAGCUGGAGAUUCAUUUGGAGCACAUUGACAUUACCAGCAGUGAUGACUUGGAGUACUUGGUUGUGAUGGAGAAAAUCAUCAAUAUUCUGGGGGCUGCAAGAAACUACGGACUCACCCUAGAGGAGCUGGAAGAGGAGGAGCGAAGAAUUGCAGAGGAGAGGCUGAAGCAGCUGGCAGCCAAAAAGGCUGAAAUUGAGAGAAAAGAAGAAGAGGAGGCAGCCAGCAGGACUGCACGAUGGGAGGAAUGGAGCAAGCGUACGGAGGAGGUUCAGAAGGUGGAGCAGGAGUUGCUGGAAGCCCAGACUGCUCCUUUGCGGAGUUAUCUAAUGAACAAUGUCAUGCCAACCCUCACCCAAGGACUGAUAGAGUGCUGCAAAGCUAAACCAGAUGAUCCUGUUGAUUUCCUGGCAGAAUAUCUGUUCAAAAACAACCCUCAAGUGUGAAGUGUCAGCUCUUCAGUACAACAACAAAUUACAUAUAGAUUACAUAUACUUUAUGACAGUUUAUGUGUGUGACAUGACGUUAACAUUAACAGUCUUGCCAUUAAAAACUAUGGUAUAAGA